CCAAUAUCUAUUCAAAGGCUAAAGGUGGAAUUAAGGCCUAAUGGCAAAUCUAACAUCAAAUGAGUCAUCAAGCAAUGACACUGAACUUAGUGAGAGAGACUAUUUAAUAAGAGGAAGAGGUCGGGGAAUGCGAAGUAAUGGAGGACGAAGAGCAGCUGGAUUUGGGAGAAGUCAUGCUUAUGAGAGAAGCCUUGGAAGAGGUCGGGGAAUAGGAGGCAAUGAAGCACAAAGAGCAGCUGGAUUUAGGAGAGGUCAUUCUUAUGAGAGAACCCAUGGAAGAGAAAGUAUAUCACCAGAUUUUGGCCCAAGAGAAAGACUACUCGAGGAACAGUCUGAAAGCGACAACGGCCCAAUACAAAAGUCACCAACUCAGUUGCCUAGAAUCACACCUGUCAGGAACAUUAUCUCUCCAAAAGUUCCCAAUUAUGAUAAAAAUGAAGAUGAUGAGACACAAAAUGACAGACAGAAUCCUACUCCUACUGCCAGAUGUAAUAAUGUAAGGCUCAAAGAAAAUGAAUAUCCAAUCAGAAGACACUGUUUCCAUGACUGCACUAAAAAAAUCUUUAGAAAUAGAAAGAAAUGUGCCAUUAUUCCUUUAGUUUUAGCUUUCGUUUUUAUGGUAAUCUUUAUUGUGUGCAUAUUACGUAUCACAGAAAUGUAUUGGUACUAUCACUUUGGUGAUGGUGAUAAUAAUACUAAGGAAUUGUUCAUUCCUGUUGAAAGUGUGGUAGAUGUGGAUCUUACAAGUCUAAACAUUAGUACAAUACACGAUAACAAACUCAAUGUCACUAUUUUCAAUAAAAGCAGCCUUGUACGAAUUGCCAUAGGUCAUGAUGGUCAACAAAUUUCUCUGCCAUUGAAGACUAAUAUUACUUUGGGGAAAGGUCAAAGUAAAUCAAUACUACGCUACUGGAAGUCUCAUGACAAUGUAGCAGGUACUAUAAAACUUCUAAAUUAUGAACACCAUAUAACUAUUGGCUAUAAAUGGGGAAACAUGACACAUCCACCGCAUGGAAAUUGCAGUGAUCACAGUAAUGAAUUGAGUGGUACCAGUAAUAUAUUUGACAUAUCAAAAUGUUUCCUUGACAGUGACAGAGGAAACAACCAAAAUAUCAUACACAUGCACAUCUGCCAUAAUGAAAAAGAAGAAGUAGAUGUUGAAACAAUUCAAACAGCUAUCAUUGAUAUUGAUAUUACUGAAUCGUAUGUCCUGCCAAACAAAGAGUCAUACAAAAGUAUCUAUAAUGAUGAUACAGUCAAUCAGAACUCAGCAGUUCUUCAGUUUCCAAGUCUACUGUCAGAGCUACAACAUCCAUCCAGUGUGUACAUCAAUACUUUCUACCCAAACACCAAUGGUGAAGACGACAAUGAAAUGAAUUUGAAUGAAGUAAUUAAACUGGACCUUAAGCCUCAAGCAAGUGAAGAUGAUAUGGAGAUAAUAGAAACAGUUGCAUUAGUAAUAACUGCUAUCCUGUCACUCCUUCUAUCCCUCAUGAUGUUUGGAAUUGGGAUCCGUUGCUGCUGCUGCCAUAUUAAAACAGGUUUUUAUGCUUUGGGACUAUUCUAUGAAGAACAAUAACUUAACUUGUAGUCUUAGAGUUUUUGGAGUAAUGCAUUUAAUUAGACUAUUAAUUAAUUGGGAUUAUUUUGUAGUCUUAGUUUGUUUUUAUUUUAGUUUGGAAUUCAAUUCCUACAAUUAUAAUCACUUUAAAGUA